AUGCGGCGCCCCAAUGAGCGGGCCAUUGCCUCUGAGAUGCUGCGGCGCGGCAUCUCGGGGAAGACCGCCAGCGUCACCACGAGGCCCUGCCUGAGCACAUGCCUGGGGCCCGCCUCCGAGUUCACGACCAUCAACACACCGAACGCCAUUGCCAUGUGGGGCUCGAACAGCACCGCGAGGAUGACCGCCGACUCCACCCAGGAGGCUAGCACUGGCUGGCCCACCGAACCCGCCCAGAAGGCGACGUCGGCUGGCGGCCAGCUCUUCCCCCCACCCAAUUUAUCACAGGGUGUGGGCAACUGUCUUCCGACGUGCCUGGGUCCUGGGGAGCCUCUCCCAGCGGGACUGGCUCCCCUGGACCGCGCCUCAGCGUCGCGCUGUGCUGCGCCUCGGCGGCCUCGGCGGCGCGGCGCGCCACCGCACCGCGCACUGCCCGCGGCAGCCGUGGCCAGCAGGCGGGCCUCGGAGACGAAAGCGGGGGCAGCUGGCGGCACCACGACCUGCUUCGGCGCGACCGCCUCCACUACAAUCCCUGCGGCCACCUUGCCUCCGCUCCGCGAGGCGGGCAUGCGAGCUUCGAGAUCGGGGCCCGCCAGCGCCCGCGGCAAGCGGCAGGAACCCGCCCGAGGCCAACAACUCGCGGAUCGCGGAGACGACCCCUGUGCCCCGAGGGCCUCCGCGAGGCCGCAGGGCCGCUUCCAGGGCAGCUCUCGUCCGUCGCCUGGCUGCUCGCCUCGCCGCUGUGUGCCCGAUCCCCAGGGACUUCAGCCUCCUCCGCGGAGUGGGCCACCACGCCGAAGGGCGGCCCCCCUGUAG